UCAAUCCACAUGUCUGGUUAAAGAAACAUGGUUUUGGGGUUGCCCGGUCUUCCAAUCGAUCCCUCUCUCGCUCGCUAUUGGCUGUGUACCCACGAAAACCUCUCGUCUUCUCUCUCACACACAUACACACACAGCAUAUUCAAAUUGUAUUGAUCAGAUUCGAAAUCUUCCGCCGUUGAUCACCGUCUCUGUCGGCCGUCACCACCUUCCUAUAAAAAGUAAUCGUACAUGAAUAUUCAGGAAUAGGAAGGUUAAACACAGGACUUGAAGAUCAAUAAAUUUCAAGCCCUAGUGUCACACUGAGACAGAGACGAAGGAAAAAAUGGCUAUAGAUCCAACUUCAGUAUCUGAUCCUGCUCCUUCUUGGUUCACUCCCAAAAGGUUGCUUGUGGUAUUCUGUGUGAUCAACAUGAAUAAUGUGUGUUCAGAUGGUAGUGGAAUUCAGGGUGAAUUUGACCUAAGCAAUUUUAAAGAUGGUAUUCUAUCUUCUGCUUUCAUGGUUGGACUUCUUAUUGCAUCUCCAAUAUUUGCAUCCUUAGCCAAGAGCAUUAAUCCUUUUAGACUUAUUGGAGUUGGAUUGUCAGUGUGGACACUUGCUGUAGUUGGUUGUGGGCUUUCGGUUGAUUUUUGGUCAAUCACUAUCUGUCGAAUGUUAGUUGGUGUUGGUGAAGCUUCUUUUAUAAGUCUUGCAGCUCCAUUCAUUGAUGACAAUGCUCCAGUAGCUCAGAGAACCGCAUGGCUGGGAAUAUUCUAUAUGUGCAUACCUACUGGAGUUGCUGUUGGCUAUGUCUAUGGUGGAUUGGUUGGAGAUGGUUUAGGUUGGCGAUAUGCAUUUUUUGGUGAAGCAAUUUUAAUGCUUCCAUUUGCUAUUUUGGGUUUUGUAAUGAAACCUUUGCAAAUGAAAGGCAUGUCGAAUGCUAAAAUCAUCCCAGGGUCUUUAAAUGAAGAGUUCUCAAAGAAAGAUUCCAGCUAUGUUUCAUAUACGUCAAAUCAGUUAUCAAGAUUAGGGCAAGAUAUAAAGGCUCUUUUGAGUGAGAAAGUAUAUGUUGUAAAUGUUCUAGGUUACAUAGCGUAUAAUUCUGUCAUUGGUGCAUAUUCAUACUGGGGCCCAAAAGCUGGUUAUAGCAUAUAUCAAAUGGAGAAUGCUGAUUUAUUAUUUGGAGGAGUCACAGUUGUUGGUGGAAUUGUGGGGACAAUAGGAGGAAGUGUUCUUUGGAUCGUAUGA